CGCACGGACAGAGAGAGCAGGGAGAGGAGGAGAGGAGGAAGAGGAGGAGAUCGUUCGCGCUUUAAAUCCCAAACUAAACGCCUCCCCUUCACUCUUCUUCUCUGGUGCUGAGGACGGUGCGUGUGUCUGUACACACCGGGCACGUGGCCGGAUUCACAGGCGGGUCCCGUUGAUCCAAAGUGACCGGGACGUGGAUGUGAGCGCAACUGUGGAAGCGACCAUGAGGACUGGCACCCCGCUGAGCUCUGACUGCUGCCAUUAGAAUAUAAAGUGGCGCGAGGAGGUUCUGGUGAGACGGACGGGCGAGGAUCCUGAGGAUGAGGAUGAGGAUUUAAACACACACACACACACACACACACACACACACAGUGAGGCGCGUGUGUGGAUCUGACAUCAACAUCUGGCUCUUUUUAUGGACUGCACCGGAGCCGCGCGGCUGUCCUGCGGGGGGGACAGAGAGCAGCCAGCCGGGAUCCGUGAGCGCCGCCGGGACACCAGCUCCGAGCUAACCGAGCCGGAGGCACGCGAGCAGACAGAGAGGCCGUGAGACAGAGUGUGUGACUGUAAAAUGGAGCUGCCGGCUGAACACAUAUGACCAGACAUGGAGGUCGUCAACACCACACAGGACAAGCUCCUCCUCCCGCCCCUGCCGGACUACGACCUGAAUGCUGGCAGCGCUAACCCGCCGGCGUUGCCUCCGCUGGUGUUAGAGGGAGUGAAUUUUCCAGAGGACCCCAUUAAACUGCUGAGUGUGCAGGUGGUGUUGAUCUUGGCCUACAGCACCAUCAUCGUGCUGGGCGUUCUGGGGAAUUCUCUGGUCAUCUAUGUCAUCUACCGUUUCAAGACGCUCCGAACUGUCACCAACUUCUUCAUCGCCAACCUGGCUGUUGCCGACCUGCUGGUGAACACGCUGUGCCUCCCCUUCACCCUCGUCUACACUCUGCAGGGAGAGUGGAAGUUCGGCAGCACCCUCUGCUUCCUGCUGCCCUACGCCCAAGGGCUCGCCGUGCACGUCUCCACUGUGACACUCAACGUCAUCGCCCUGGAUCGCCACAGGUGUAUCGUGUACCACCUAGAAACCAGGAUGCGUAAGGACGUGUGUUUUGGGGUGAUCGCUUUGACCUGGGUGCUGAGCGCUGUGCUCGCCAGCCCUCUGGCCAUCUUCAGAGAGUACGGCUCCUUCACCCUGGAACCUGGACACACCAUACAGGUGUGCACGGAGAAGUGGCCCGGUAAAAACACCGACGGGACCGUCUACAGCAUCUCCAUGUUGAUCCUGCAGUACUUUCUGCCGCUGUCCAUCAUCUCCUUUGCCUAUGCCCGCAUCUGGUCCAAACUGCGCGGCCACGUAAGCCCGGCAGAGAGCGGUGGCAGCAGCAGCGCCGGCUCUGAGCGCCACCGCCGGCGCCGCAAAACCACCAAGAUGCUGGUGACCAUGGUGGUGGUGUUCGCUGUCAGCUGGCUGCCCUUCCACGCCUUCCAGCUGGCCACGGACAUCGACAGCACGGUCCUGGACAUGCGCGACUUCCGCCUGCUCUACACCAUCUUCCACGUAGUCGCCAUGUGCUCCACCUUCGCCAACCCGCUGCUGUACGGCUGGAUGAACCGCAACUACCGGGCAGCCUUCCUUGCCGUCUUCAAGUGUCGCAGGGGAGGGGAGAGGGGGAGGAGUGGCCGGUUGGACAGCAUUCACCCUGUAGGAGGAGGAGGAGGAGGAGGAGGGAGGGCGAAGAAGAUAGUCCUGGAGACUCAGGAUGUGGUGUCCACCCACCUGAACGCCACUGAUGUGUGAGCGCCUGAGGGAGGUGGAAACGAAGAGGGUGAUGGAGGAGGGAUGACAGGAAAAUGAUGGAGAGAUGACGGAGGAAGAGGCGGCAAGGAAAAGAAAAAUCACAGUCAGGAAAUCUUUUGUUCCCCAGAAGACAAUAGACGAGAGAAGAAAACGAGAUUCCAAACGGAGACGGAGACAGCGGGGAGAUAAAGAUGUGAGAAAAAAUAGAAACAGCAGAGUGAGAGGGAGGCGACGGGGGGAUUGAAGAGUUUUUGGAAGCCCAAAAUAGACGAGGAGGCAGAGACGAGCAGGGAUUAGAGGAAGAAGAAUGACAGGAGAGGAGAAGACAAACUGCUGAAUGACUCAAGGUCUCCUCGACCAAUAGAAGCGCCGUCCCGCUGAGGACGUGACCUCAUCACGACAGAGGAUUUGUUCAAGUGACAUUCAGCUUUGCAUGAAGGAUUUGUGACACUGACAAAGUGGUGUUGGAGUGGCUUUGAUUUUCUGAUGACAAAAAUUUUCCGAGACAUUUGAUGGAAAACUUAAGAUUGUUUCCUCGACAGUGACGUAAAAAAAAUCCUCCAACCUUGGACUUUAAUCUCGUCAAAAUAGGGCUUUACUCCAUCUUCAUUCCACAUGUGAAGCAUUUAGCUCGUACAGUUAAACCCAGAGUGGCUUACAGGGGGUGGGACCAGGACGCGUAAGCAGGUCUGCGGGGAAUGAACCGGCAAAAUAUCUGCAGCAUCAGCGGCUUCCUUUUGCAGCGACGGAUAUGAGGGAUAUGAUUGUCCAUGUUCUCUCUGAGGCCUCCGGGGGCCGUGCAAAAACAAGUUUGUCAGGUGAAAGAAAAGCCAAAAAAUGAAAAAAAAAAGUCACGGAUUUUGAAGUGCGAGGGGAGGACAAGGAUGCAUGAUGCAAGCUUUGUGAAAUCUCAAGACAUUGUUAUGUAAUGAAACUGUGUUUAAUGUGGAUUAUCCUGCAAAGAGAGAUGGAUGUAAGAGUGUGAGCAGAGGUGGACAUUAUGACGAAGAGGGGGAAAGAAGGGAGAGAGUUUUAGUUUUGUAGAUGAAGGACAGAGAGCAAAGAGUGACAGACGGGCGGGAGGGACAAAGCAGAGAGAGGAUCAAAGUCAAAUGUGGGAUAAUGAGGAAAAAGAAAAGAAACUUCAAACAAAAAGGCGGCAAUUUAGUGUGAACUGAGACAAGAGCCUCACUUACAAGUGAACACAUGAAUGUUUGAUAAAACCUAAGUUCUUGAGAAUUCUUUCUGUUGUCGACAGGUUACACGCUCCCACCUGUCUGUCGGGUUCACAGCAGGGUGAAACCAAAUCACUUUUCAAAAUGUCUCUCUGUGACUUCAGAUACGUUCAUCUGAUUUAGACGAGAAGGGAUUCGUUAAAUUUGGGCGCCUGCACGUUUGGCUGCUCAUUUUGAGUUACGCUUCAAUUAAAGUUCCGUUACAGAGGUUAAUCAGCACCACACAGUAGAUAUGAAGAUCAUUAAAAUAUGAUUAUUCACACUGAAGUAAAUCUAACUACAGGGACCAACCCAGUCUCCAGAAAAACUGUUGCCAUUAUAUAGUCAUAAUUGCAUUUUAAUUUGUAUUACAUUUUACAUUUUAACAAUACUGUGUGGUCAGGUUUAGGCUUUAAGGGAUAGU